GGCGUCCACUUCGUGCGCUCCGCCGCCGGGACAGGACCGGACCCUGCGUGCCAGGGAGCAGCCACCGCCGCCAGGAAUCCGGGAGCGGGCUCGGGGCUGGGCAGUACCGGGACCCUGCCGGGCAUGGCUGUACCGGGAGGCUGAGAGCCACUGACCCGCAGGCUGGGAAGUUGAUACCGAAGGUCAGCAAGUGAAGAGAGGAAUUCCUGGGGCGGUUCCAGCCAGGACCAAAGUCCCAACAAGAUGGAGAAGGAAGAGGAGGAAACACGGGAGAUCCUGCUCCCCAAUUGGAAAGGAAGCGGUUCUCACGGAAUCACCAUUGACCAGACGGAAGAUGGGGUCUUUGUGAAGCAGGUGGUGCAGACUUCCCCUGCUGCCAGAACUGUGAAGGAAGGGGAUCAGAUUGUGAGCGCCACUAUCUAUUUCGACAACCUGCAGUCCGGAGAGGUCACGCAGCUGCUGAACAGCAUGGGCCACCACACGGUGGGGCUGCGGCUGCAGCGAAAGGGGGACAAGUCUCCAUUGCCGGGACAGUCAUGGUCACACGAUGUGUUCUCACCCAGGAGCCCAGAAGUUGUUCUGAGUGGGGAUGAUGAAGAGUACAGGAGAAUAUACACAACAAAAAUUAAACCACGUCUGAAGGCGGAAGAUGCAGCAGAAGCUGAACACACAGAAAGCAGAACCAUUACCGUCACCAAAAAGGUCACAGCUUAUACCGUAGAUGUCACUGGACACGAGGGAGCAAGAGAGAUUGACAUCAGCAGCCCAGAAUUUAAAGUUAAGAUUCCAAGCCAUCAAGUCACCCAUAUAACAACAUCAGAAAUGGAAAAAGGACCUGGAAAAACCGUGAUCAAAAUACCACAGGUGGAUUUAUCUGGGAAAACAGACUUCAGUAUGGGUAGACCUAGUGGCAUCUCAUAUUCUGGACCAACAGUCGAAUCAUCCACCAAAAGGCUGGACUUUGGUACCCCUGACGUGCACAUGAAAGAGCCCAAGGUGGGCACUGAGAUAAAUGUCUCAGGACCUCAAGUCACAGGCGUUCACUUGAGAACCCAAACAGACUUUAAGCCAGCAGAAAUUCAGGUUCCAGGUGUGGACGUUGUCAAAUCGGUUAAUGUUUCUGGCACUAGAGUCACAAGCCCAGAGGGCAGCUUGCCCAGAAUCGAUGCAAAUGGACAGAGGGGAAACCUGGAUGCAAAUAUUCAUAUUACUGGCCCUAAACUAAAUGGAAAAAUGGGUGUUUCAGGCAUCGAGGUUAAAACUGAAGUUCCAGGAGGCAAACUGCCGCAAUUUGAUAUUUCAGGCUCCAAGAUAAGAAGUGAUACAGAAGGUCCCAAAGUUGAUGUAUCAUUUUCAAAAAUCAAGGCUCCUUCAGUUGAUAUUUCUGGCCCUAAGAUUCAAGGUGAUAUCAAAGCUCCAAGGGUGGACAUUCCUCUUUCGAGCAUCGAAUGUGAUAUGCAGGACAUUAAAGCUCCAGAAAUUAACAUUGAAAGCCCAGGAAAAAUAAAAAUGCCUGUAAUGAAGAUGCCUAAAUUUGGCUUCUCACCUUCAGCUUCUGAUACUGAUGUUCGAGCACCACAGGCAGGUGUAGACAUUUCUGUGCCAAAGAUACAGGCUCCUCACCUGGAUAUCACAACUCCAUCUGUUCAUAUGGAAGAUCCAAAGGAAAAACUGAAAUGUACAGUGCCUUCAGGGGAAGGUGCUAACAUUGCAAAGCCACAUGUGGGUGUGGCUCUCAAAGGACCUCAGUUGAAGGGAGUGGUGGAAGUGUCCUCUCCAACACUAGAAGGUCCCAGAGUUGGUGUCAAGGGUCCCAAGGUUGAUCUUGCAGCUCCUGAUGUUGAUAUUCAAAGUGAUGAAGGAAAAAUAAAAUUGCCCUCAAUGAAAUUUCCUAAAUUUACUGCAUCAGGUUUCAAAGGGGAAGGCCCUGGUGUGGGUGUGACGCUUCCUAAGGGGGAGAUUACUAUUGCAGGCCCCAAGGUAGACAUCAGCACACCAGAUAUAGGCACUGGAGGAGAAUGGAAGGUCCCCAAAUUUAGGAAGCCUGAAUUAAUUAGUCAGACACCAAAAAUUUCUAUGUCGGAUGUGGACCUGAGUCUGAAAAGCCCUAGCCUGAAGGCAGAUGUGGGUAUUUCAGGGCCAAGGAUCGAAGGGGAUCUGAAAGGACCCACUGUGGACAUUAAAGGCCCCAAACUAGACACUGAAGCUCCUGGCAUUGACCUUGAAAGUCCUGAAGGUCAGUUGAAAGGGCCCAAGUUCUCAAUGCCUUCUUGGAAAAUGUCACCAUCAAAAGUAUCCAUGCCGGAUGUGGAUGUGAAUCUGAAAGGGCCUAAAGUGAAGGGAGACAUGGAUGUUUCCAUCCCACAAAUAGGAGGUGACUUGAAGGGACCUCAGAUUGACAUAAAAGGCCCCAAGCUAGAUACAGAUGCUCCUGACAUUGACAUCAAAGUGCCAGAAGGACACCUGACAGGUCCCAAAUUUAAGAUGCCUGAAAUGCACAUCAAGACCCCUAAAAUCUCCAUGCCAGACAUCGACUUGAAUCUGAAGGGUCCUAAGCUGAAAGGAGAUGUGGAUGUUUCAGUGCCAAAGCUGGAAGGGGAGUUGAAAGCUCCUGGCAUUGACAUUAAAGGUCCGAAAGUGGACAUUGAUGCGCCAGAUGUAGAUAUUCACGGUCCAGAUGGUAAACUGAAAAUGCCUAAACUGAAAAUGCCUAAAUUCAGUGUGCCUGGGCUGCAAGGGGAGGGACCAGACGUGGAUGUAACACUCCCAAAGGGGGAGCUGGAUAUUUCCGGUCCGAAGGUACAAAUUGAUGCUCCAGGUAUGGACAUUGAAGGACCCAAGGGAGAACUAAAAGGUCCUAAAUAUAAGAUGCCUGAAAUGCACAUCAAGACACCAAAAAUCUCCAUGCCAGACAUCGACUUGAAUCUGAAGGGUCCUAAGCUGAAAGGAGAUGUGGAUGUUUCAGUGCCAAAGCUGGAAGGGGAGUUGAAAGCUCCUGGCAUUGACAUUAAAGGUCCGAAAGUGGACAUUGAUGCGCCAGAUGUGGAUAUUCAUGGCCCAGAUGGUAAACUGAAAAUGCCUAAACUGAAAAUGCCAAAAUUCAGCGUGCCUGGGCUGAAAGGGGAGGGACCAGACGUGGAUGUAACACUUCCAAAGGGGGAGCUGGAUAUUUCUGGUCCGAAGGUACAAAUUGAUGCUCCAGGUUUGGACGUUGAAGGACCCAAGGGAGAACUAAAAGGUCCCAAAUUUAAGAUGCCUGAAAUGCACAUCAAGACACCAAAAAUCUCCAUGCCAGAUGUGGACAUGAAUCUAAAAGCCCCCAAGCUGAAGGGAGAUGUUGAUAUUUCAGGGCCAAGGAUCGAAGGGGAUCUGAAAGGACCCACUGUGGACAUUAAAGGCCCCAAACUAGACACUGAAGCUCCUGGCAUUGACCUUGAAAGUCCUGAAGGUCAGUUGAAAGGGCCCAAGUUCUCAAUGCCUUCUUGGAAAAUGUCACCAUCAAAAGUAUCCAUGCCGGAUGUGGAUGUGAAUCUGAAAGGGCCUAAAGUGAAGGGAGACAUGGAUGUUUCCAUCCAACAAAUAGGAGGUGACUUGAAGGGACCUCAGAUUGACAUAAAAGGCCCCAAGCUAGAUAUAGAUGCUCCUGACAUUGACAUCAAAGUGCCAGAAGGACACCUGACAGGUCCCAAAUUUAAGAUGCCUGAAAUGCACAUCAAGACCCCUAAAAUCUCCAUGCCAGACAUCGACUUGAAUCUGAAGGGUCCUAAGCUGAAAGGAGAUGUGGAUGUUUCAGUGCCAAAGCUGGAAGGGGAGUUGAAAGCUCCUGGCAUUGACAUUAAAGGUCCGAAAGUGGACAUUGAUGCGCCAGAUGUAGAUAUUCACGGUCCAGAUGGUAAACUGAAAAUGCCUAAACUGAAAAUGCCUAAAUUCAGUGUGCCUGGGCUGAAAGGGGAGGGACCAGACGUGGAUGUAACACUUCCAAAGGGGGAGCUGGAUAUUUCCGGUCCGAAGGUACAAAUUGAUGCUCCAGGUUUGGAUGUUGAAGGACCCAAGGGAGAACUAAAAGGUCCCAAAUUUAAGAUGCCUGAAAUGCACAUCAAGACCCCUAAAAUCUCCAUGCCAGACAUCGACUUGAAUCUGAAGGGUCCUAAGCUGAAAGGAGAUGUGGAUGUUUCAGUGCCAAAGCUGGAAGGGGAGUUGAAAGCUCCUGGCAUUGACAUUAAAGGUCCGAAAGUGGACAUUGAUGCACCAGAUGUGGAUAUUCAUGGCCCAGAAGGUAAAUUCAAAAUGCCCAAAUUCAAAAUGCCCAAGUUUGGAAUGCCUGGGUUAAAAGGGGAGGGACCAGAUGUGGAUGUAAGCCUUCCGAAAGGGGAGAUUGAGCUCUCAGGUCCAAAAGUAGGCUUUGAUGCUCCUGAUUUGGAUUUUGAAGGGCCAGAAGGAAAACUGAAAGGUCCCAAAUUUAAGAUGCCUGAAAUGCACAUCAAGGCACCCAAAAUCUCCAUGCCAGAUGUUGAUUUACACUUGAAAGGUCCUAAACUGAAGGGAGAUGUAGAUGUUGCUGUUCCGAAGAUACAAGGUGAUUUGAAAGGUCCUGAAUUUGAUCUUAAAAGCCCCAAAGUUGACAUUGAUGCACCAGUUGUGGAUAUUCAUGGCCCAGAUGGUAAACUCAAAAUGCCUAAACUGAAAAUGCCUAAAUUUGGUGUACCUGGGCUGAAAGGGGAGGGACCAGAUGUGGAUAUAGCACUUCCAAAGGGAGAGGUGGAUAUUUCUGGUCCCAAGAUAGAUAUAGAUGCUCCAGGUUUGAACAUUGAAGGGCCUGAAGGACACCUGAAAGGUCCCAAAUUUAAGAUGCCUGAAAUGCACAUCAAGACCCCUAAAAUCUCCAUGCCAGACAUUGACUUGAAUCUGAAGGGCCCUAAGCUGAAGGGAGAUGUGGAUGUUUCUGUUCCAAAGCUGGAAGGGGAAUUGAAAGCUCCUGGAAUUGACAUUAAAGGCCCCAAAAUGGAUAUUGAUACACCAGAUGUGGAUAUUCACGGCCCAGACAGUAAACUGAAAAUGCCUAAACUGAAAAUGCCUAAAUUUGGUGUACCUGGGCUGAAAGGAGAGGGACCAGACAUGGAUAUAACAUUUCCAAAAGGGGAUGUGGAUAUUUCUGGUCCCAAAGUGAACAUUGAUACCCCAAGUUUAGACACUGAAGGGCCAGAAGGUAAAGUGAAAGGUCCAAAGUUUAAACUGCCUGAGCUAAAUAUUCAGACACCCAAAGUCUCCAUGCCAGAUGUGGACCUAGGUUUGAAGGCAUCUAAACUCAAAGGAGAUGUGGAUAUCUCUGUUCCAAAGAUAGAAGGUGAUUUGAAAGGACCCAGCAUUGACGUUAAGGGGCCUCAAAUUGAUAUUGAAGGUCCCCAAAUGGAUAUUGACGUGCCUGAUAUGGACUUGGAAUGUCCAGAAGGCAAACUGAAAGGCCCCAAAUUUAGGAUGCCUAAAAUGAAUAUCAAGGCCCCUAAAAUCUCCAUGCCAGAUGUUGAUCUGAAUCUAAAGGCACCUAAACUGAAAGGAGAGAUGGAUGUUUCUGUUCCAAAGAUGGGAGGUGAUUUUAAAGGACCCAGCAUUGACAUUAAGGGCCCCAAAGUUGACACUGAUGUUCCUGAUGUUGACCUUGAAUGACCAGAUGGAAACAUAAAAGGUCCCAAAUUUAAGAUGCCUGAAAUGCACAUCAAGACCCCUAAAAUCUCCAUGCCAGACAUUGACCUAAAUUUGAAAGGUCCCAAACUAAAAGGAGACGUGGAUGUUUCUAUUCCAAAGCUAGAAGGUGAUUUGAAAGGUCCUGAUGUUGACAUCAGUGCCCCCUCAAUAGAUAUUAAUGCACCAGAUAUUGAGCUGCAGGGUUCAGGUGGAAAACUGAAAAUGCCCAAAAUGAAGAUGCCUCAAUUUAAUGUGUCAGGCACUAAACUUGAAGGACCUGAUAUAGAUGUAAAAGUGCCAAAGGGAGAGGUUGAUAUUUCAGCUCCCAAGGUCGAUAUAGAGGCUCCAGAGCUGGACCUUGAAGGCCCAGAAGGCAAAUGGAAAGGACCUAAAUUUAAAAUGCCUAAAUUGAAUAUUAAAGCACCUAAAAUCUCCAUGCCGGAUGUAGACUUGAAUCUCAAGGCACCGAAAAUGAAGGGGGAGAUGGAUGUUACUGUUCCAAAGAUAGAAGGUGAUUUGACAGGACCUGAAAUUGAUAUUAAAGGGCCAAAAUUAGACAUUGAGGCACUUGAUAUGGAUCUUGAGUGUCCUGAAGGAAAACUGAAAGGGACAAAAUUCUCAAUGCCUUCUUGGAAAAUGUCACCAUCAAAAAUAUCCAUGCCAGAUGUGGACUUAAAUUUGAAAGGGCCCAAACUGAAGGGAGACUUGGAUGUUUCUGUCCCAAAGAUAGAAGGUGACUUGAAAGGACCUGAGAUUGACAUGAAAGGCCCCAAAUUGGAUGUUGAUGCACCGGACAUCGGCAUUGAUGGGCCAGAAGGAAAAAUGAAAGGUCCCAAAUUUAAAAUGCCUGAAAUGCACAUCAAGGCCCCAAAAAUCUCUGUUCCUGAUGUAGACCUGAAUUUAAAAGCCCCUAAAAUAAAAGGGGAAGUUGAUAUCUCAGCUCCUAAAUUUGAAGGAAAUUUGAAAGGUCCUGAUUUUGAUAUCAAAGGUCCCAAGGUUGAUAUUGAUGCACCAGAUGUGGAUAUUCAUGGCCCAGAUGGUAAAUUCAGAAUGCCCAAAUUCAAAAUGCCCAAAUUCAGCAUGCCUGGGUUCAAAGGAGAGGGACCAGAGGUGGAUGUGAAGCUUCCAAAAGGGGAGAUGGAUAUUUCCGGUCCCAAGAUAGACAUUGAUGCUCCGCAGUUGGACGUUGAAGGUCCUGAAGGAAGGCUGAAAGGUCCUAAAUUUAAGAUGCCUGAAAUGCACAUCAAGGCGCCUAAAAUCUCCAUGCCAGACAUUGAUUUGAAUGUGAAAGGUCCUAAAUUGAAGGGGGAUGUGGAUGUUUCUGUUCCAAACCUGGAAGGUGACUUGAGGGGGCCUGAAUUUAAUCUCCAAGGCCCCAAAGUUGACAUUGAUGCACCAGAUAUGGAUAUUCACGGCCCAGAGGGUAAACUCAAAAUGCCUAAAUUCAAAAUGCCCAAAUUUGGCAUGCCUGGGUUCAAAGGGGAAGGCCCGGAUGUGGAUGUAAAACUUCCGAAGGGGAACGUGGAUAUUUCUGGGCCCACAGUAGACGUAGAUGCCCCAGAUUUGAACAUUGAAGGUCCAGAGGGAAAGCUGAAAGGUCCCAAAUUUAAGAUGCCUGACAUGCAUGUCAAGGCACCUAAAAUCUCCAUGCCAGAUUUUGAUUUGAACCUGAAAGGACCUAAAGUGAAGGGGGAUGUGGAUGUUUCUGUACCAAAGCUAGAAGGGGAUUUGAAAGGGCCUGAGUUUGAUAUCAAAGGUCCCAAAGUGGACAUUGAUGCUCCAGAUCUUGCUAUUGAAGGUCCCGAAGGAAAAUGGAAAGGCCCCAAAUUUAAGAUGCCUGAAAUGCACAUCAAGGCACCUAAAAUCUCCAUGCCUGACGUCGACUUUAAUUUGAAAGGCCCUAAAGUGAAGGGGGAUGUGGAUGUUUCUGUACCAAAGAUAGAAGGGGAUUUGAAAGGGCCUGAGGUUGAUAUCAGAGGCCCUAAACUGGAUGUUGAUGUUCCUGAGGUUGACCUGCAGGGACCAGAGGGAGGAUGGAAAGGUCCUAAAUUUAAGAUGCCUGAGAUGCACAUUAAGGCACCUAAAAUCUCCAUGCCAGACAUUGACUUGAAUUUGAAAGGCCCUAAAGUGAAGGGAGAUGUGGAUGUUUCUGUUCCAAAGAUUGAGGGUGAUUUGAAAGGUCCUGAAGUUGAUCUUAAAGGCCCCAAAGUUGACAUUGACGCACCAGAUAUGGAUCUUCAUGGCCCAGAAGGUAAAUUUAAAAUGCCUAAGUUCAAAAUGCCCAAGUUUGGAAUGCCUGGGUUAAAAGGGGAGGGACCAGACGUGGAUGUAAGCCUUCCGAAAGGGGAGAUUGAUCUCUCAGGUCCAAAAGUAGACAUUGAUGCUCCUGAUUUGGAUAUUGAAGGGCCAGAAGGACACCUGAAAGGUCCCAAAUUUAAGAUGCCUGAAAUGCACAUCAAGGCACCUAAAAUCUCCAUGCCAGAUGUCGAUUUGAAUUUGAAAGGCCCCAAAGUGAAGGGAGAUGUGGAUGUUUCUGUUCCAAAGAUUGAGGGUGAUUUGAAAGGUCCUGAAGUUGAUCUUAAAGGCCCCAAAGCUGACAUUGACGCACCAGAUAUGGAUCUUCAUGGCCCAGAAGGUAAAUUUAAAAUGCCUAAAUUCAAAAUGCCCAAAUUCAGCAUGCCUGGGUUCAAAGGAGAGGGACCAGAGGUGGAUGUAAAGCUUCCAAAAGGGGAGAUGGAUAUUUCUGGUCCCAAGAUAGACACUGAUGCUCCAGAGUUGGAUAUUGAAGGUCCUGAAGGAAGGCUGAAAGGACCCAAAUUUAAAAUGCCUGAAAUGCACAUCAAAGCACCAAAAAUCUCCAUGCCAGACAUUGACUUAAACUUAAAAGGUCCCAAAAUGAAAGGAGAUGUAGAUGUUUCUCUUCCAAAGCUAGAAGGUGACUUGAAGGGUCCUGAAUUUCAUCUCCAAGGCCCCAAAGUUGACAUUGAUGCACCAGACAUGGAUGUUCAUGGCCCAGAGGGUAAAUUCAAAAUGCCUAAAUUCAAAAUGCCCAAGUUUGGAAUGCCUGGGUUCAAAGGGGAGGGACCAGACUUGGAUGUAAGCCUUCCAAAAGAGGAGAUUGAUCUCUCAGGUCCAAAAGUAGACAUUGAUGCUCCUGAUUUGGAAAUUGAAGGUCCAGAUGGGAAAUGGAAAGGUCCUAAAUUUAAGAUGCCUGAAAUGCACAUAAAGGCACCCAAAAUCUCCAUGCCAGAUGUUGAUUUACACUUGAAAAGCCCUAAUGUGAAGGGAGAUGUGGAUGUGUCAGUUCCAAAUAUUGAGGGUGAUUUGAAGGGGCCUGAGUUUGAUAUUAAAGGCCCCAAAGUUGACAUUGAUGCACCAGACAUGGAUAUUCAUGGCCCAGAAGCUAAACUCAAAAUGCCUAAAUUCAAAAUGCCUAAAUUUGGCAUGCCUGGGUUCAAAGGGGAGGGCCCCGAUGUGGAUAUAAAACUUCCUAAGGGAGAAGUGGAUAUUUCUGGGCCAAAGGUAGACAUAGAUACCCCAGAUUUGAACAUUGAAGGUCCAGAGGGAAAGCUGAAAGGUCCCAAAUUUAAGAUGCCUGAAAUGCAUGUCAAUGUUCCUAAAAUCUCCAUGCCAGACAUUGAUUUGAAUUUGAAAGGUCCUAAAUUGAAGGGGGAUGUGGAUGUUUCUGUACCAAAACUAGAAGGGGAUUUGAAAGGGCCCGAGUUUGAUAUCAAGGGUCCCAAAAUGGACAUAGACGCCCCUGAUGUGGAGAUUGAAGGUCCAGAUGGGAAAUGGAAAGGCCCCAAAUUUAAGAUGCCUGACAUGCAUUUUAAAGCACCUAAAAUCUCCAUGCCAGACGUUGACUUUAAUUUGAAAGGUCCUAAAGUGAAGGGGGAUGUGGAUGUUUCUGUUCCAAAACUAGAAGGGGAUUUGAAAGGCCCUGAGGUUGAUAUCAGAGGCCCUAAAUUGGAUGUUGAUGUUCCUGAUGUUGACAUAGAGGGACCAGAGGGAAAGCUGAAAGGCCCUAAAUUUAAAAUGCCUGAAAUGCACAUCAAGGCACCUAAAAUCUCCAUGCCAGAUUUUGAUUUGAACCUGAAAGGACCUAAAGUUGAUAUUAAAGGGCCUAAAUUGGAUAUAGAUGCCCUGGAUGUGGAGAUUGAAGGCCCUGAUGGGAAAUGGAAAGGUCCUAAAUUUAAGAUGCCUGAGAUGCACAUCAAGGCACCUAAAAUCUCCAUGCCAGAUGUCGAUUUGAAUUUGAAAGGCCCCAAAGUGAAGGGAGAUGUGGAUGUUUCUGUUCCAAAGAUUGAAGGUGAUUUGAAGGGGCCUGAGUUUGACAUCAAAGGCCCUAAGAUUGACCUUGAUGCACCAGAUGUGAAUCUUCACGGCCCAGAGGGUAAACUCAAAAUGCCUAAAUUCAAAAUGCCCAAAUUUGGAAUACCUGGGUUAAAAGGGGAGGGACCAGAUGUGGAUGUAAGCCUUCCGAAAGGGGAGAUUGAUCUCUCAGGGCCAAAAGUAGACAUUGAUGCUCCUGAUUUGGAUUUUGAAGGGCCAGAAGGAAAACUGAAAGGUCCCAAAUUUAAGAUGCCUGAAAUGCACAUCAAGGCACCUAAAAUCUCCAUGCCAGAUGUUGAUUUACACUUGAAAGGUCCUAAACUGAAGGGAGAUGUGGAUGUGUCUGUUCCAAAGAUUGAGGGUGACUUGAAGGGGCCUGAGUUUGACAUCAAGGGCCCUAAAAUUGAUCUUGAUGCACCAGAUGUGGAUCUUCAUGGCCCAGAGGGUAAACUCAAAAUGCCUAAAUUCAAAAUGCCCAAAUUUGGAAUGCCUGGAUUCAAAGGGGAGGGACCAGACGUGGAUGUAAACCUUCCGAAAGGGGAGAUUGAUCUCUCAGGUCCAAAGGUAGACAUUGAUCCUCCUGAUUUGGAAAUUGAGGGGCCAGAAGGAAAACUGAAAGGUCCUAAAUUUAAGAAGCCUGAAAUGCAUUUUAACGUUCCUAAAAUUUCCAUGCCAGAUAUCGAUUUAAAUUUGAAAGGCCCUAAACUGAAGGGAGAUGUGGAUGUUUCUCUUCCUAAAGUAGGUGGUGAUUUGAAAGGUCCCAAAGUUGAAGUCAAAGGACCAGAUAUUGAUCUUGAGGCUCCAAAACUUGAUAUUGAAGGAAAGACAAAAAAAUCAAGAUUUAAACUUCCUAAAUUUAGUUUUUCUGGCCCUAAAGUUCAAAGCCCUGAUGUGGAUGUGAAACUUAAGAAAUCUGAUAUUGAUAUUUCUGGACCAAAGGUGGAUGUGAGUGCUCCAGAUGUGGACAUUCAGGGGAAAGCAAAAGGAUCUAAAUUUAAAAUGCCUUUUCUAAGUAUUUCAUCACCUAAAGUGUCAAUGCCAGAUGUGGAGUUAAAUCUGAAAGGGCCAAAACUGAAAGGAGACCUAGAUGUUUCUGGCCCAAAGCUAGAAGGGGAUUUAAAAGGGCCUGAAGUUGACCUCAAAAGUCCCCAAAUAGACAUCAGUGCACCAGACGUUGAUAUUCAUGGCCCAGAGGGUAAACUCAAAAUGCCAAAAUUGAAAAUGCCUAAAUUUGGAACACCUGGGUUGAAAGGAGAGGGACCAGAUAUGGAUGUAAAAUUUCCAAAAGGGGAGGUGGAUGUUUCAGGUCCCAAGAUAGACAUUGAUACUCCAGAUUUGGAAAUAGAAGCUCCUGAUGGAAAAGUGAAAGGCCCCAAAUUUAAGAUGCCUGAAAUGCAUUUCAAUGUUCCUAAAAUCUCAAUGCCAGACAUUGAUUUGAAUUUGAAAGGCCCUAAAUUGAAGGGAGAUGUGGAUGUGUCUGUACCAAAACUAGAAGGGGAUUUGAAAGGCCCUGAAGUCGAUAUCAAAGGCCCUAAAGUGGAUAUAGAUGUCCCUGAUGUGGAGAUUGAAGGCCCAGAAGGCAAGUGGAAAGGUCCCAAAUUUAAAAUGCCUGAUAUGCAUUUUAAAGCACCUAAAAUCUCCAUGCCAGAUUUUGAUUUGAACCUGAAAGGGCCUAAAGUGAAGGGGGAUAUGGAUGUUUCUGUUCCAAAAUUAGAAGGUGACUUGAAAGGUCCUGAAGUUGAUAUCAAAGGCCCUAAAGUGGAUAUAGAUGUCCCUGAUGUGGAGAUUGAAGGACCAGAAGGAAAAUGGAAAGGUCCCAAAUUUAAAAUGCCUGACAUGCAUUUUAAAGCACCUAAAAUCUCCAUGCCAGACUUUGAUUUGAACCUGAGAGGCCCUAAAGUGAAGGGGGAUGUGGAUGUUUCCAUACCAGAUUUUGAAGGUGAUAUGAAAGGCCCAGAAGUUGAUAUCAAAGGUCCCAAAUUGGACAUAAAUGCUCCAGAUCUUGACAUUGAGGGUCCAGAGGGAAAACUGAAAGGCCCCAAAUUUAAGAUGCCAGAAAUGCAUUUCGAUGUUCCUAAAAUCUCCAUGCCAGACAUUGAUUUGAAUUUGAAAGGCCCAGAAGUUGAUAUCAAAGGUCCCAAAGUGGACAUAGACGCCCCUGAUGUGGAGAUUGAAGGUCCAGAUGGGAAAUGGAAAGGCCCCAAAUUCAAGAUGCCUGACAUGCAUUUUAAAGCACCUAAGAUCUCCAUGCCAGACUUUGAUUUGAAUUUGAAGAGUCCUAAAAUCCAGGGGGAUGUGGAUGUUUCUGGCCCUAAACUGGAAGGGGAUUUGAAAGGUCCUGAUUUUGAUAUCAAAGCCCCCAAAGUUGACAUUGAUGCACCAGAUGUGGAUAUUCAUGGCCCAGAGGGUAAACUCAAAAUGCCCAAAUUCAAAAUGCCCAAGUUUGGCAUGCCUGGAUUCAAAGGGGAGGGACCAGACGUGGAUGUAAGCCUUCCAAAAGGGGAGAUUGAUCUCUCAGGUCCAAAAGUAGACAUUGAUGCUCCUGAUUUGGAUUUUGAAGGGCCAGAAGGAAAACUGAAAGGUCCCAAAUUUAAGAUGCCUGACAUGCAUUUCAAUGUUCCUAAAAUCUCCAUGCCAGACAUUGAUUUGAAUUUGAAAGGUCCUAAACUGAAGGGGGAUGUGGAUGUUUCUGUACCAAAAUUAGAAGGGGAUUUGAAAGGCCCAGAAGUUGAUAUCAAAGGCCCCAAAGUUGACAUUGAUGCACCAGAUGUGGAUAUUCAUGGCCCAGAGGGUAAACUCAAAAUGCCCAAAUUCAAAAUGCCCAAGUUUGGCAUGCCUGGAUUCAAAGGGGAGGGACCAGACGUGGAUGUAAGCCUUCCAAAAGGGGAGAUUGAUCUCUCAGGUCCAAAAGUAGACAUUGAUGCUCCUGAUAUGGAUUUUGAAGGGCCAGAAGGAAAACUGAAAGGUCCCAAAUUUAAGAUGCCUGACAUGCAUUUCAAUGUUCCUAAAAUCUCCAUGCCAGACAUUGAUUUGAAUUUGAAAGGUCCUAAACUGAAGGGGGAUGUGGAUGUUUCUGUACCAAAAUUAGAAGGGGAUUUGAAAGGCCCAGAAGUUGAUAUCAAAGGUCCCAAAGUGGACAUAGACGCCCCUGAUGUGGAGAUUGAAGGUCCAGAGGGGAAAUGGAAAGGCCCCAAAUUUAAGAUGCCUGACAUGCAUUUUAAAGCACCUAAGAUCUCCAUGCCAGACUUUGAUUUGAAUUUGAAGGGUCCUAAAAUCAAGGGGGAUGUGGAUGUUUCUGGCCCUAAACUGGAAGGGGAUUUGAAAGGUCCAAAAGUAGACAUUGAUGCUCCUGAUUUGGAUUUUGAAGGGCCAGAAGGAAAACUGAAAGGUCCCAAAUUUAAGAUGCCUGACAUGCAUUUCAAUGUUCCUAAAAUCUCCAUGCCAGACAUUGAUUUGAAUUUGAAAGGUCCUAAACUGAAGGGGGAUGUGGAUGUUUCUGUACCAAAAUUAGAAGGGGAUUUGAAAGGCCCAGAAGUUGAUAUCAAAGGUCCCAAAGUGGACAUAGACGCCCCUGAUGUGGAGAUUGAAGGUCCAGAUGGGAAAUGGAAAGGCCCCAAAUUCAAGAUGCCUGACAUGCAUUUUAAAGCACCUAAGAUCUCCAUGCCAGACUUUGAUUUGAAUUUGAAGGGUCCUAAAAUCCAGGGGGAUGUGGAUGUUUCUGGCCCUAAACUGGAAGGGGAUUUGAAAGGUCCUGAUUUUGAUAUCAAAGCCCCUAAAGUUGACAUUGAUGCACCAGAUGUGGAUAUUCAUGGCCCAGAGGGUAAACUCAAAAUGCCCAAAUUCAAAAUGCCCAAGUUUGGCAUGCCUGGAUUCAAAGGGGAGGGACCAGACGUGGAUGUAAGCCUUCCAAAAGGGGAGAUUGAUCUCUCAGGUCCAAAAGUAGACGUUGAUGCUCCUGAUUUGGAUUUUGAAGGGCCAGAAGGAAAACUGAAAGGUCCCAAAUUUAAGAUGCCUGACAUGCAUUUCAAUGUUCCUAAAAUCUCCAUGCCAGACAUUGAUUUGAAUUUGAAAGGUCCUAAACUGAAGGGGGAUGUGGAUGUUUCUGUACCAAAAUUAGAAGGGGAUUUGAAAGGCCCAGAAGUUGAUAUCAAAGGUCCCAAAGUGGACAUAGAUGCCCCUGAUGUGGAGAUUGAAGGUCCAGAUGGGAAAUGGAAAGGCCCCAAAUUCAAGAUGCCCGACAUGCAUUUUAAAGCACCUAAAAUCUCCAUGCCAGACUUUGAUUUGAAUUUGAAGGGUCCUAAAAUUAAAGGAGACAUGGAUGUUUCUGUCCCUAAGAUAGAAGGUAAUUUAGAAGGUCCAGAGAUAGACAUUAAAUCCCCCAAAAUGUCUGUUGAUGUUCCUGAUCUUGACUUCGAAGGUCCAGAAGGAAAACUGAAAGGUCCUAAAUUUAAGAUGCCAGAAAUGCAUGUUAAAGCACCCAAAAUCUCCAUGCCAGAUUUUGACUUGAAUUUAAAGGGGCCUAAACUGAAGGGAGACAUGGAUGUUUCUGUUCCAAAGUUAGAAGGUGAUUUGAAAGGUCCAGAAAUUGACAUUAAAGGCCCCAAAUUGGACAUAGAUGCACCUGAUAUCAGCAUUGAAGGGCCAGAAGGAAAACUGAAAACUCCCAAAUUUAAGAUGCCUGAAAUGCACAUCAAGGCCCCUAAAAUCUCCAUGCCAGAUGUAGACCUGAAUCUAAAGGCACCUAAACUGAAAGGAGACAUAGAUCUUUCUGGUCCAAAAAUAGAGGGUGAUAUGAAAGGUCCUGAAUUUGAUAUCAAAAGUCCCAAAGUGGACAUUGAUGCACCAGACAUCGAUAUUCAUGGCCCUGAAGGAAAACUGAAAUUACCCAAAAUGAAGCUGCCUAAAUUCAGUACGCCUGGGUUCAAAGGGGAAGGCCCGGAUGUGGAUGUAAGUCUUCCAAAGGGAGACGUUGAUAUUUCAGGUCCUAAGAUAGAUAUUGGCACUCCUGAUUUGAACAUUGAAGGUCCAGAAGGAAAACUGAAAGGACCUAAAUUUAAGAUGCCUGAGAUGCACUUUAAGACACCCAAAAUCUCAAUGCCAGACAUUGAUUUAAAUUUGAAAGGUCAUAAAAUGAAGGGGGACUUCGAUGUUUCUGUUCCCAAGAUUGAGGGUAAUCUUAAAGGUCCUGAAGUUGAUAUCAAAGGCCCAGAAUUUGGGAUUAGAAGUCCUGAGCUUGAUGUUGAGUGUCCAGAUGUGACCACUGAGGGCCUUGAGGGAAAUGUUAAACUUCCCAAAUUUAAGAAACCAAAAUUUGGGUUUGGAAUUAAAAGUCCUAAGGCAGAAAUCAAAUCUCCUGAAGUGGAUAUUGGUGUCCCGGAAGGUGAACUGAAUGUGGAGUCUCCUGAUAUUGGCAUUUCUGGCAAAGGAAAAAAAAGCAAAUUUAAAAUGCCUAAACUUCAUAUGAGUGGCCCUAAAAUUAAAGGAAAGAAGGGUGGAUUUGAUAUGAAUCUACCCAGUGGUGAGAUAGAUGCAAAUUUGAAAUCUCCUGAUUUAGAUCUCAAUGUAACUGGUCCAGAGGCAACAAUAAAAGGAGAUAUUAAUGUCAAAUCCCCGAAAGGAAAGAAACCAAUGUUUGGGAAAAUCUCUUUUCCAGAUGUUGAGUUUGAUAUUAAAUCACCUAAGUUCAAAGCUGAUGCUUCUGUGACAGUUCCUAAAAUGGAAGGAGAAUUUAAAGCACCCGAUUUGGAGGUUUCCACACCAGGUAUCAAAGGUGAUAUAAAGUCACCAGGUCUUGACAUUACAACCCCCAGUAUCAGCGCAAAUCUUCCUGAUGUUAACAUUGGAGGUCCUGAUAUCAAUCUUAAGAAACCUAAGGUCAAACUUCCAAGUGGAAAUAUUGAUAUAGCUGGUCCAAAAAUGGAAGGUGAUCUGAGAAUCCCAGGUAUUGACACAAACAUUAAUGCCCCUGACAUCAAACUUAAAGGACCUACAGUGAAUCUGCCUUUGGUGGACAUUUCUGCUCCUUCAUUCUCUGCAUCUGAUCUUGAUAUUAACUUGAAAGGACCAAAAGUAAAAGGUGAUGUCAGUCUUCCUACAGCAGACCUGGAAGGUCCAGAAGGAAAACUAAAAUUUCCCAAGUUCUCACUGCCCAAGAUAGGGAAACCAAGUCUGAAUUUAGAAGGAGCUGAUGUGCAGCUGCCCUCAGCAAGCUUGGAUGUAUCAGCUCCAAGUAUUGAAGGAGGUAUGAGUGUUCCUGCAACUGAAGGAGUAGAUGCAAAACUGAAGGGACCUAAGGUGACUAUGCCAUCAGUAAACCUUUCAAUGCCCCAAGUCUCUGGACCUGAUUUUGAUGUAAACUUGAAAGGACCAAAACUAAAAGGAGACCUGGAUGUUUCUAGUGACCUUAAAGGUCCAAAGGUGGACAUACAUGCACCAGAUGUUGAUAUAAAAGGCUUUGGAGGAAAGCUUAAAAUGCCCAAAUUUAAAUCUCCAACUUUGGAGGGACCUCAAGCAGAUCUGAACAUGAAAGGGGACAUUGGAUUUUCUGCCCCACAAAUUGAGGGGGGCAUGAAAGCACCAGGUAUGGAUGUCCAUCUCAGUGCCCCAGACCUUGAUAUCAAAGGGCCUACAGUGAAAAUGCCAUCGGUAGGUAUUUCUGCCCCAGAUUUUGAUGUAAAUUUGAAAGGACCAAAGUUAAAAGGAGAUCUUGAUCUUUCUGGUGGCAUUAAAUCCCCAAAAGUGGCUAUAGAUGCACCAGAUGUUAACUUGGAAGGUCCAGGAGGUGCGAUUAAACUUCCUUCACUGAAGCUUCCCCAAUUUGGCAUUUCUAGUCCUCAUGUUGAGGGGUCUAACAUGGGUGUGAGUAUUGAAGGACCACAAAUUAAAGGAGACCUUUCUGGCUCAGGGAUUGAUGGAGAUUUGAAAGGGCCUGCAUUUAAAAUGCAACCACUUCAAGUUUCAGCUCCAAAAAUCUCUGCACCCGACAUUGACUUAAACUUAAAAGGACCAAAUCUAAAGGGUGAUGUUAAUAGUGCUGGUGAUGUUAAAGGCCCAAAAGUUGGAGUGGAAGCACCAGAUAUCAGCAUCAAAAGUUCAAGUGGAAAUAUUCAAAUACCAUCAGUAAAACUGCCCAAAUGUGACAUUUCAGGUUCCCAAGGCAUGAAGGUUUCUGGGAUGGGUAUUGCAACUAAUGCUCCUGAUAUCAGUUUAACAGGUCCUGCCUUCAGUAUAUCAACACCAAAAGUUUCUGGGUCAGAUUUUGAUGUAAAUUUGAAAGAACCCAAAAUCAAAGGAGGUUUCGGCAUUUCUGGAGACAUGAAAGCUCCUGAUGUAAAUGUUGGGGCACCACACUUGGGCAUUCAGCAUUCAGGUGGUCAAUUCAAAGGGCCACAGCUUUCAUCUUCUGGUUUUGAUGUAGAAAUGAAUGUGCCAGAUGUUGCAGGGGGUCUUCAUGUUUCUGGACCAAAGGUAGAAGGUGGUCUGAAAGGUCCCAAGGUAGGAAUCAAAGGUCCUGGCAUAGAUAUGAAUUUUCCACAAAGUAACUUAGAAAGUGCAUCAGGAAAAGUGACAUUCCCCAGGAUGAAAUUGCCUAAAUUUGUGUCUUCAGGGCAUGAGGUAACUGGAAGAGAAGUAGGGGUUGAUGUUAACUUCCCUCCGCCAGAUGCCAGUCUCCAGGCUGGUGCGGUGGAGGCUGAGUUUGAAGAGCCAGAUGUCAAACUUAAGAAAUCUAAAAUUAAGAUGCCAAAGUUUAAUUUUUCAAAACCUAAAGGCAAAGGCACCAUUGUUGGCUCACCGGAAGCCUCAGUGUCCAUUUCAGGAUCUAAAGGAGAUUUAAAAAGUUCCAAGGCAAGUCUAGGUUCUAUGGAGGGUGAACUGGGAGGAGGGGAAGCUGCUGCCACUUCACCUAAAGGGAAGUUUUCGUUAUUUAAAAGCAAAAAGCCACAUCAUCGAUCAUCUUCCUUUAGCGAUGAACAUUCCUCCCAGUCAACCCCCACUGGCACCUUGGAGUUUGAGUGCAGCUCAGGAGCAGAGAAAGAAAAGCAGGCCAAGAUGAAAUUUGGAACGUUUGGAGGGAUAGGGUCAAAAACUAAAGGUUCUUAUGAGGUAACUGGAAGUGACGAUGAAGCAGGAAAGAUGCCAGGGAGUGGGGUCUCCUUAACGUCCCAGAAACCCCGCCUGUCUUCCUCUUCGAGUAAUGACAGCGGGACAAAGGGGGGGUUCCGAGUGCCAGCGGUAGAACUGACCGUUGCCAAAAAGAAAGAGUAAAGCGUCCGUGUAUAUAUGUCUGUGUAUGUGUAUAUAUAUAUCUCUUCUGUGUUUGUAUAUAAAUUUCAUAGCUUGAAAUAUUUUCAACCUCAGCAAUAAAAUGAAUGGUGCCUAGUGAAAUGUUAGAUGUCAUGUUGCCUACUCAAAAGAGAGGAGAGUUUAAAAGCAAGUCACCCUGGAGCUGUACCACAGUUCAUCUGAUGUAUUUGAAAGUUUCUUUGUGUUCAUGACAUUUGGUUUGCGCAUUAAAUGCUGAGAGCUUAAGUUUACUAGCAAGCUAUUUUAAUAUCCUUUUCAUUUUACUGGAUAUUUUCAGUGUCGGUUUAUGGAAAUAAUGUUUCCAUUUUAAUUACCUUUUGGCUUUUAUUUGCAGGGCUUACAUUUCUAUAAUGAGAAUGGAUAUAUUGAAAACACUGUAAAAUAUAUAGAUGCAACUGAAAUAUGUCACUUUCCCUUGUAAUGUGGGGUUUAAAAUGACACGGAGUGUUUAUCACAGAAAGCUGUGGUUUCUAUUAGCUUUGGUAGUUGUGGUGGUAAGAAAAGUACCCCACUUUAAUUUAGGACUAGAGAAUCCGGGCUGCUUUUGAUAAAUGUCAUGAAGAAAAACAGAAUUUACCAAUAAAUGACUAACCUGUUUUGGGUUGGAUUCGACUGACACCAUCUUAGUUGUCUCCAUAUAUUUGUUUCAUUAUUUGUAUUAUAAGAGAGGACUUUUCUUAGUUGUGGUGCAAAAAUCUGUGACUGCCACUUUUCUGAUAUUUGUUAUAAUUUCUGUUAACAAAUGUAUCUUGAUUUAAAAAAAAUCUUUCAGCACUUUAAUGGCAAAUGAAUUGAGAAUGUAAGAAGAUUGAUCUUGUAAAAUGCAAAUAAACUGUUUAUUAACCUUG